AUGUCAUCCAACUUCACACCGUACUGGGUGAAAGCCAACAGCCAGACGCCAGCAGCACCAGAUGCGUUGGUCGUCUACAUCGUCGCAAAACUCGGCCUCAACGGCACAGGCCAACACUAUCCUCUGGCAGUCGUCAAACGCGAAGGCGGCCUAGUAGAUUUGGAUGCCGUUCAAGGCAGAGAUGUCCUUUCAGCCAUUCUGGGUGCUGUCACUGUCUUUUCUGACCCAUCGAACCACAUCGGUAUCCAGUCUGAACUCUCGCUCGCCGCCCAGUUCUACCAAGAUCCCAGAAAUGGGCUGCAUCGAACAGAGCUCUCCAACACACCAACAUGGAUGAGGCAGUCCAUUUCUCCGCAGUGGGAAUGCGGUGUGCGCGAGUUCCCGUUUAUCUCGACAUGUCUUGUGCUCGGCGUGGCUUUUGACAGGGAACGCGGAGUAGGCUUGUCUGUCCUGCCUGCACCACUGGGUACUAUGUUUAGCAACACAAACAUGGAGUAUGCGAUGGCUGUGGUGGACAUCACUGAGUUGAACGCAAUCCGGUAUGGGAUCAUUGCCUUUCGGUCAACCGUAAUGAUUCACGUAUCAGAACGCCCUCGAGAAGUGGAUGAAUACAACGACUGGGGAGACAGUGACCCUUCAGGGCCGCGCGAGCUUCGUCUAGAAGAAAAUAGGACACGCGAACCCCUUUCCGCCGCUGGGUAUCUGACUAAAUUUGAGUACGAGGCUUGCGAUGACCUGGUGAAGAAGCUCGACGAAGUUGAACUUAUUGAUCCGACAGUCUUGGACCUGAUAUGGCCGCUGACCACCGCUGUCUUGCCUGCCCUUUCCCUAUUUCCGGCCGAGAAAGACGCUGAGUUGACCGCUCUCAUCGACGCUUUGCUUGAAAGUCAAAACCUUGAUAUAAUAUCCGAGACUCUUCUUACCCAACUUACCGGAACAGCGCACACCAAGUUUAUACUUCGCCAACACCUACAGAAGCGCUCCCAAGACAUAGGCCACUUACCCAAAACAGGCCAACUACUCGGACUUGCCUUUACCAACGAACUACAUCUCGAUCUAGUAUCUUUUAACAAGCUCUCCUCCCUCUCUGUCAUCGCUGCUCUCGAAACCACCCCGGCGCCACCUGUAUCCCUCAGUCUCAACGUUGACACCCUUCACGACAGCUCAACCACCAUCAUCGACGCCCUCCUCACAAGACCAACCCUCAAAUCUCUCUACCUUCUCCAAUCACCCACCCGCACUUCCGACACCCCCAACAGGACCUUCCUUUCCGCCCUCGCCACCCACCCAGGCAAACCCCUAGCCCAUUUUAAGAAAUUACACAUUUCCGGCCUUUACUCCUCCCCUUUCAUCGGCGAACCUUUCCUCCCUGUUGUAUCUCGCCCAUGGCUUCAUUCACCCUAUCCUCUCCAAUAUCUUUUCCUCCGCCAACGAACCCAACACCAUCCCCGCCAACCCCCCAUUUCCCAAGUCCACUUCCUCAACCCACUCCUCCUCACCCCUGAAAAGUUUGCGGCUGGGUUGUUGAUGUAUCUCCGCUCUUUGCUCACCUCCACCGAUAUACAACACCAUAGUCGCACUUCCCUAUGGGGCUUCGCCUGCUGUCCUCCCACCCUAACCGUCGACCAGAAAACAAGGGUGGAGGUUGACCCUCUCCCUUUCUAUACUCCUGACCCACCAAAAGUGAGGGAACUACCAGAGGAGAGUUGGAACGUGAUCGUGGAGAGAGGGAUACAUGUUGAUGUCGGGAAUAAAGGGCCGGAAGGGGAGGGGAUGAGUUGGAUGCCGGAUUUGAAGGCUGCUUGGGUGAGGUAUGCGCUUGUUAGGGUGGUCAAACCUGGGGGGGUAAAGCUUGAUCAGGAUUGGGAAAUAAAGGAGAGAGAUGUGGAGAUUGUUGAUUUGGAGGGGUUUUUGUACCGGGUGGAUCUAGGAUUUUCUAAGGCGGAUGGAGAUACUGUUUGGAGGAGGAUGACGGAGUUUGAACGGGAGAUGGAGGAGUGGCCGGGGCAGGGGGGGUUGGGUAAGGGGAUGCCGAAGGUGGGAGUUAUAGGGGAGAAGGAGGCGAGGGGGUUGUUGGCGGACUGUUUGACGGAUGCGAGAAGCACAUGA